AAUGAAAUUAUUCACCCUUUUCGUACUUGUCUUCUUGGUAACUGCUAACGAUAAAGUUGUUAUACCAGAAAAGAUGAAAAAAAUAUUGAAUGAGAUUCCUGAGAUCAAAGAAUCAAUAGUUGCUAUGAAACUCUUAGGGAAAGACAUUGUAUUGGAAAAAGUUCUAGAAAUAGAUCAAGUUUAAGAUGAAAGUAAGUCUUUAAUGAAUAUUUAGGUGAUUCCAUAAAAGAUUCCAUAUAAUUUAUAAAAGUGGGCUAGACUACCUACAACAACUCAGGCACUAAUUAUACUUAGCCUAACUCAACAUAUAAUUACACAUAUACAAAUUAUUCAUAGCCUACAAGUUCUUAUAUUUACAAUAAUCAAAGUAAUGGUUCAAAUACAACUAAUUAAACAAAUUCAACAUAUCCAUAUAAUUAUUAUUAUAAUACCUCAUAUCCAAUCAACAAUGGUGUUAAUAAUUAUGUGACAUAUGAUAACCAAAGCUCUACAAAUAAUACUAAUUCUACAAAUAUAACAUGUUCAACAGGAUAAUUCUUAACAUCAAAUAAUACUUGUGAAAAUUGUUAACCUAAUUGUGCCCUUUGUAAUUCCUAUUAUGGUUGUAUUUCAUGUUAUUCGGGUUAUUAAUUAUAUACUAAUGGAUGUUACUUAAAUAAUACUUAAAAUUCAACUACUAAUUCAUCUGAUAUUUAUGAUAACAGCACCUCAAUUGAUACUAAUAGUACAUAAUACGAUUAUAACAACACAUCAUAUAAUAACACAUCUUAUAAUAAUACAUCAUAUAACAACACAUCUUAUAAUAAUACAUCUUAUAAUAAUACAUCUGAUAACAACUCAACUUAUAAUACCUCUAAUAAUACUUAUUAUAAUUCAACAUCAGAUAAUAAUACCUAAUACAAUAAUUAUACAAAUAGUUCAAGAAUAGGAUAGAGAUUUAAUUAAACAAGAGUUCAUCUUAAAUUAAGAAAUAGUUUCAAUAGAUUUGAAAAUAACAACUUCACUUAAAUAAUUUCUUAUUAUAAUCAAUCAAAUCAUUCAUAAAAUACUGUUGUUAUAUUCAAUAAUUCUGAAGUAAUCUAAAAAUAAAGUUAUAAUGAAUACUAUCUUUAUCAGAAUAAUAGUUUGGUGGUCUUGAAUUAAGAAUUUGAUCCAUAUGGAAAUGUUGUCUAUAGAUCCAUCAAUUACGACUUCACAAUUGUUGUAUCAAAAUAAUAAGGUUCUUUAAUUUAAAAAUAAAAUCAAGAAAUUUAUGGUACUGUUGUAUAUGGAUAUGGUAAUUUCAAUGCAACCUAUAAUAAUUAUAAUUCAGAAUCAGGUAAUGGAUUUUAAAAUGGAAGUCAAAGCUCAUAUAAUUAUUCAAAAUAAUCAUAUGGAUCAAUCAAUUAUGAUAAGGAUUAUAAUUAUGCUUCUGCUACUUUUAAUAACUAAAGUCAAGGAUAAUAAUCAUCUUAUUCAGGUGAUUCAUUUUAUAAUGGUACUACUUAAAAGAGCAAUUAUUCAAAUUCUAAUAAUAAUUAUAAUAAUUAAAAUUAUUUUAGUGGAAAUAAAAACUUUAACUAAAAUUAUACAAGUUAUAGUUCAUCCUAUUCCAACAAAGAUUCAUCAUAUCAAUCAAAUGAUGAUUAUUUGAAAGUAGAUGGAAUUGGAUAUGAUAAUUACAAUACCCAAAUUUCAAAUUCAUAAUCAAAUGGUUAUACUUCAUCAAGUAACUAUCAAGGAGAUAAAUCAGUAUAUUCAUCCAGCUCUAGUCAAAGCAAUUUUAAUUCUUCUUAAGAUAAUGUUGUCUAUGCUUAAAAUUACACAUUGGUUAAUUAAUCUACUGUCGGAUAUGAUUCAGCUUAUAGCUCAUCCAAUUAAUAAAAUGAUUGGAGGAACUACUCAAAUACUGAUUAUUCUAAUGGAUACAAAAGCUAAGAUUCAACAUAUAUUCAUAAUGACACUAAUGCUUAUAAUGUUUCUGACACUAGUGAAUAUAAGUCUGAUAGUGGUUAUUAAUCAUAAUCUUAAAAUGGAUUUGAAUAUUCAAACGGUUAUAAUAACUUUGCUUCUGGUUAAGCUCACAGUGUUUAAAUUACUAAUGAUAAUACAACAAAUACCAAUAUUGAUGCUACUAUCAAUUAAUAUAAUUCUACUAAUUAAAAUUAUAAUGGAUAAACUAAUUACGGUGGAUCAUCAUCAACUAAAAAUAUAGAUCUUUCAGUUACUGAUAAUCAAUAAUACUUUUCUUAAUUGAGAGGAUCAAAGAAAUUAGCUACAGGCUCAUGGAAAGAAGUUAACCAAAAAGAAUUUGCAAGUUCUAAUGGAUAAAUUGUAGAAGAAGCUAGAUAAGCUAUUACAAAGAAAUUUAAUCCUGAAUAAGAAGGAUUCUAAUUUGAUUCAAUAUCUAGUAUCCAAGAAUAGAUUGUUGCUGGAAUCAACUAUAAUAUCAAAUUAAGAUAUUUGAAUGCUGAUUCAAAAUCCAUCAUCUAUGAAGUUGUACUUUACACAAUGUAAUUUAUUCUUUAUUAUUCUUUAGACCUUGGGCUAAUCAACCAAAUCAAAUAAUCAGCUGUUCCAGAUUUGAUCAAACAGAAAUAUGA